CGAGCAAUUGAUAGAAAACACAUUUAAUAAAAAAAAAAAAAAUUUUCUCAAGCUAGCUCUCUCCUCUUUGCUACUACGUACUGCAUCAUCUUAUAUUUCAUCUCUUUUUUUCCAUUGUUCCGAACCACUAAAAUAAUGUCUUUCAUAGAAGAAUUCAAACAUUUCAAAAUUCCAUUCGAAGUUUUAGAAUCUGCCACCAACAAUUUUAGUGACACCAACUGUAUUGGGGAUGGUGGGUUCGGAAAAGUUUAUAAAGGAGAGAUUCUCUUAUCUGGCGUGCUGACCAUGGUUGCUGUUAAGCGUUUAGAUGAAUCAAAUGGACAAGGAAGGACUGAGUUUUGGAAAGAGAUAACGAUGCUUUUUCAAUACAAACACCAAAAUCUUGUCUCCCUCUUAGGCUUUUGUGACGAGGGCAGUGAGAAGCUUCUUGUGUACGAGUAUCUAUCGAAGAAAAGUCUAGACUUGUACCUAGAUAGCGUCGAUCUCACUUGGAUGCAACGCCUUUUAAUAUGCCACGGGGCUGCAAAGGGACUACGCUAUCUUCAUGAGCCUGUAGAGGGGAGUAAGCACAGAGUCUUACACCGUGAUAUCAAAAGUGCAAAUAUCUUGUUGGAUCACAACUGGAGAUCCAAGAUAACCGACUUUGGUUUGUCUAGAAUGGCUCCUGCUAACCAAGAAUUUACUCUUCUUUUUUCAAAUGCAACAGGCACGGGGGGAUAUUGCGAUCCAUUGUAUCAAUAUACGGGCUUGUUGACAAAGGAAUCUGACGUGUAUUCCUUUGGUGUUGUUUUGUUCGAAGUUCUUUGUGGAAGAGUUGCAUAUGCACAAGAUAACAAUGAUAUUGCGUUGGUGCCAUUGGCACAUAAAUGCUAUGAAGAAAAUAAAUUGGAUACAAUCAUUCACUCUGGUAUUAGGGAUACAAUUUCACCAAAGUCUUUAGAAAGGUUUACAGCGAUAGCUUUUCAAUGUUUGCAGAUGAAUCGUGAAGAACGACCAUUAAUGGCCAAAAUCCAGGAAGAGAUCGAAAUUGCAUAUAGAUAUCAAGAAUUCGCCAACAUAUCACUACCGGAAGUACCAAUGGAAGAGAUAGAAGUAGCAACUGGAAACUUUAAGUUGUGUAUUUCGGAAAUUAAUGAAUAUUAUCAGGUUUACGAAGGGGAACUUUCCAUCUCCGGAGGAAAACCUACAAUGGUCUUUAUCAGGAGGUUUUCUGACUCCUUCCCAGGAAGCACAAAUUUAUAUUUGUAUCAACUUAUUUACUUCUCUCAGUUCUCUGGUGAAGAGCUUACAAAUAUUCUCCCUGUUGUCGGUUAUUGUGAUCACGAGGAAAAGGGAAAAUUUGUUGUCCAUAAAUAUGCACAGCGUGGAAGUUUAGAUCAGUAUAUAAGCACGCAUACUUCUACUACUCUUACGUGGCUCCAAAGACUUCAAAUAUGUGCCGGUGCAGCUCAUGGAUUACAAGGUCUCCAUUAUCAACGCAUGAUGCUGCGUGCAAUUAGAAGCGCAAAGAUUUUCCUAGAUGACAAUUGGAUUGCUCAUGUAUGUAAUUUUGUGAUAUCUUCCCCGAGUAGUUCAACAAGCUUAGAUGACGUUGCUGCUGACCGUGUUUAUGGUGCACCAGAGGUCGUUGUUAGUACUGGUAACGCGUCAUUGAAGGGAGAUGUAUAUUCUUUUGGCGUGGUACUAUUUGAAGUUCUGUGUGGGAGGCUGUUCACCGAAGAGGUGGAUGGCGUCAUGUUAUCGCCCAAACUCAUCAAAGAGUUUUUUGAACAAAAGAAACUUGAUGAGAUUGUUGAUCCUGCUCUUUUAACAAAAGACAACGUCAGCUCAGAUUCCCUAGACACGUAUUCAGCAAUUGCGUAUCGAUGCUUGCAUGAUGAUCCAAAACAACGACCUUCCAUGGAUGUUGUUGUACAAGAGCUUGAAGAGUUAUUGAGGAUCGAGAGAAACAAGACAUAAAAAGAACUAGACGGCUGGGAAGAAGUUGCAGCCGAGAAGAGAUAAAGAUACAUUGAAUGAUCACAAGAUGAAUUUGGUCACAGAACCACAAAGACGGUGUUGAGUUAAACUAUGGAUGUUCCGUCAUUUUAUGGUGUAAAAAUUUGUAAUCCCGACGAAUGCUUACCUCAAAAAUAUGUGGAGUGAGAUGCCUAAUUAAAUAUACAAAAAUUUGUACAGUAUGUUUUAAGCA